AUGCUUUCGGUGUAUAGCAUUCCUGUGGAAUGCAGCAGGUAUCAAUCGCUCUGCCUCGUUGUAGGUCGAGUGUUUGCCAGAGAACCUUUUGGAACCAAUUUUGAAUCUUGGUUUCUCGAGCACAAACAGAUCAUGGUGUUUGGAGAUGACCAUCCUUAUAUUCGAUGGCGUUUGGACCUUGUGACAACUACCAUCGACUCUUCUCAGUAUGCUUGGUUGACCCGCCUGUAUUACCAACCAGCGGAACAUUAUCGACAGGAACAACCAUUCUUUCUCAGUUCCAUUUUCGCGUCAACCCCCGAGCUUAUCUCAGUCCUGGAAACCAUUGGGGACAUUUCACGAACAAGGAUACGAAAGCCCGCGACUCUUAAUCACCUGAAACCACAUAUCUACGGUUGGUCAGUCGCCAAAGACUGUAGAGAUUCUCAAUAUAAUAAUCGGACUUCGUCGACUACGAGGAUGCCUCCCAAAUUCACUCCAUCUUACGGAACACGGUAUGUGUGUGACUUGGAUGCUCCAACUAAAGUUGCGCUUGCCACCGGUAAAACUCGAACUUCCAGUAUCAGAUCGAGUUCGACCCGCACUGGUACGCGUCAGUGGCGUUUCGCGCCACCAACACGUGCUACCGGGAAGCUUAAUCUCCCGACGCCUUCACGACCGUCUGGCCGAAUAUGGUCCUGGAAGCAUCGUCUGACGUCCUACGCUCAUCCGCUGUCAGUCCUUCUGAUCUUCUUCGCAGUUCAAGUGCGUUCGGACGGUGCCGCUAGCACGACCGCAGCCAUUACGAGAUUUUCCACUUCUUCCUGUCAUGGCGGCUUCUUACAUCUGUUGUUCGACAUUUCGUUGAAUUCGAAUUUGAAGAUGCCCGGUCUUCUUAAGGAAGGUUUUGCUACUCUUUAUGUCCAAGAUGAUUGCUCGUUGCCGAUAAAAUUUUUGAGCGCCCUCAAGGCGCUACUCCUUCGUCUUAGAGAAACUUGGGCUAUAAAGGCUUAUUUCCGUGUUUACGGACAUCCUUAG